AUGGACCCCUCGUUCAUUUUUGGGGCUUUACCAGUUGGCACUCUCCCUCGUCCACAGACAGCACAAUCGACCCAGUACUUCCACCAUCAACGCCCACCGCUCCCGGCUGCCGCCGCUCGUGUUCGCCAGCAACACCGCGACGACGACGGUGACGGCUCGUCGAAUCGCAUCGCGCAUACCCUCACAGCAUGCUGCCGCUGCCGCCAGCGCAAAACACGAUGCGACCCAACACUUCCGCGCUGUCUUCCCUGCGAACGUUCAGGCUCUAUUUGCGAAUACUUUGAUACCACCAAGGGCAAGAAGAUCAACCGCAACUACGUAGUUCGGCUGCAGACGCGCGUGCGACAUCUCGAGUCGGAGCUUGCCCAGUUCACCGAUGACGAUGAGUUCCCCCGCAAUACAGAGGACAUGGUACGGCCAGGCGGACUGGUCAAGCUAGACGAGCAUGAUGAGACGCCCAGGUACCUCGGUCCGAGCAGCGGGAUUGCCAUGACAAGGCUGCUGAUGGAGGAUGCGAAGCGUUUCACGGAAGCAAAGAAGAUAUCCGAUGUCAUUCCUUCGGUGGGCUCCCGGAGGUUAGACAGGUCGAACAGGAUGCAGAGUAUCAGCUACGGUGGAAGCAUAAGCGGUCCAAGCAUGCGCAAGAAGAGCUAUCCUAUGAUCAGCGCGCAUGCCGCUCGAGAGUUGCCUUCGCGACCAAUGGCUAACAAGCUGCUGGAGGUUUACAUUCAAAGAGGUCAAGUUUUUCUUCCAGCCCUUAACGAGGUUGUACUUGCAAAAGAUCUGGAAGACGUUUACAAUGGAGAUAAAGAUCCGCACAAAAACUUUAUUGUUUGGAUGGUCUUGGCAAUCAGCCUCCAAAAGCUGGAGCUGCAAUACGCAGGUCUAGCUGACGGUUUCUACUUGGCGGCCAUGCAGUACUUUGAGGAAGUGGUCAGGACAAAGGAUUUGCGGACACUCCAGUGUCUGGUUCUCAUAGGCCAGUAUUCAACUCUGACUCCUACACGAUCAGCAGUCUACUACAUCAUAGGCCUCGCUACUCGUAUUUGCCAACAACUGGGUAUGGGUGAAGAAAAGACGAUAAAACGAGAGUACGACUUGGGACUUAUCGACAUGAUCACUCUUGAUCUCAAGAGGAGGUUGAGCUGGAUCAUUCUUUCUAUGGAAUUUGGUCUAGCGCACAGCAUGGGCAGGCCCAACGGUUUCGCCAAGGGGGACGACUUUAUGGAUGUUGCCUUCUUUGACAGCCGUCCGGAUGAGCUCAUAACAGCUGACGGUAUCAAAGAAGGUCCUCCGAGCGAGAAGAAGCUCAUGUCGAUUCACUUCCUGAAGAUGAGGCUCCUCCAAGCAGAAAUUAGACGCAAGUUGUACGAGAAAAAGCGGCCGGAACCAAGGGAUGAAAACCAUCCUUGGUUUGCACAUAUGCUACAGAAACUCCAGGACUGGCGUGACUCUAGUCCGGAGCAGCCGGCGUGGUGUGGUCCCUGGUUCACUGGCAAGUAUCAUAGCAUGAUUGUUGGUCUUUAUAGGCCAUCGCCGCAAGUACCAAAGCCGUCCAGCGCGGCGGCUUUAAGGUGCUUCGAGUCUUCGGCACAUAUCAUCGAACUUUCUAGCCAGCAACUCAAGCAGUCGGCUGUAGACAUUACAUGGAUAUUCCUCUUGACUAUCUACAUGUCCCUCAACACAUUGCUUUGGUCGGUCUCAUAUCCCGAAGUGCGCAAAGUACAUUCGCGUGAGCAGCUUGAGGAGUUGGUGCAAACGUGUCUCGACACAAUUGACCAGUGCUCAGAAAGGUGGCCUGGCACGGCUACGGCGUCCCAGAACUAUGCAAAUCUUGCGAGAGCAUGCAUGCACAGCUACGACCAGGCGGAGGAGCAGCCUCCUCCACCCGUGUUUUCGAACAGCUUUGCAACGCCCCCACCGCUAACUGACACCAGCUCGCCCUCUGCGUCCGACACCUCGGCUCACACGGCCGCAUCAGCAACUUCAGCGCAACCGCAUCACCACCACCAGCAACCACAUGGGCAGCCCUUGUUUAACAACUCUCAAUUGUUUAGCUACAGUUUCGAUCAGCCCCAGCAGCAGCAGAAUCGGCAACAUCAGCAGCAGCAACCAGAACCGACAUUCAAGUUUGAGAACACGUACGAUGAUGGGUUCCCACCCCCUCGACAUCCACAAUUCCGCACCGGCUCUAUCUUCUUUAACCCUGGGUCGGAAUCCGGCGGUGGAGGCGGAAGGAGGCCGUCAUACUUUCCUCCCGAUUUUGUGCAGGAUGAAGGCCCAGGGCCGAAUCAAAUCGAUGAGCCCACACCACCUGCUUCCACUACGCCGCACGCCAGUAAUCUCUCGUCGCCCCGUAACAAUAUUCCAACUCCACCAGAGUCUCUAGGCAAUGGUAGUCACGCUCAACCAAACAGUGCGCUGUCACCGGCUAUCAACUUUACCGAACCAGGAUCUGCCCAUCACACUCCAAUCAUGGGCCAUCGAAGCCCGCCCAUGCCUCACGAGCCAGGGGCAAUGACCCCCGGUGCGCCGGCCAUCAAGUUCACCCCACAGACGCCGCAAACGCCUCAAGGCCACCCCACGCCGCAGGGGACGCCACAACAACGACCGAUAUUCGCAGUCCCUGCGCUGCCGCCGCAUGCGCAGCAGAACCAGCGCCACCAUCAUCAUGUGCAACAACACAACCCGCAGCAUCAGCAGCAGCAGACGCAGUGGUUCAACCAGCCUUUGCCGCACAUGCCCCAGUACGCCGGUUACUCGCAGAACAACGCCGCUGUGUUUAGCAACAGCACGCACAACUUUGGUGACCCUGGUAGCGCGGCUGCAAUGCUCAGCGCCAUGCCACCCGCUGGAUUUGGCGGUCAACACAUGAACCACGGCCACCCCGAUGGUCUCGGAAACUUUGGCGGUUAUUCCAUGGACCCGAUGAGGCAGGGCAGCCUGACGCACGAGCAGCUUUCGGAGCUUAUGGGCGUCCUUGAGCAAGACGGCAUGACUGAAAUCAACCAGCUGCUUGGCGUUGGUCCAAACGGGAACGGCGGUGGUGGAGGCGGCGGUGCCCCAGGUGAAGUAAGGUGGUAA